CGCACCCUGCGGUUCGCGUCACGGACGUGACGUCAACGCGCUGCAAUUCAAAUUUCAGGAAGUGAAGGACUGUUAGCUGCCAGUUUGUUGUUCAGUUAGAAGUUGUUUGGUCCUUUUGUGUCUUCAUUUUGCAGCUCCUGAUCUUUGACAGACUGAGGACCUGUGGCUAAGCAACCAUGACGUCAAAAGGUAACAAAGAGACCAUUGUCAGCAGGCUAGGAUUCAAGUCCAGCUCUUCCCCUAAGGUCGAGGCAGAGCUGGAGAGAAUCAGGAAGGAGAAUGCUCACCUGAGGAAAAAGAUUGAUGAGCUUGCCAAACGGCACAUCAAACCACCUGACACGGACAACAGUAAGCUGCUGGAGAGAAUUCUUGCCCUUGAAACACUGCGGGAGAGAAACAACCAGCAGUUGCUUGCUAAAGAUCAAGAACUGGAAAAGAUGAGACAGCAGCUGUCGGCUAAAGGAGGAGAGGUGGUGGCAUCACUGCAGAGUCAGCUGGAGCAGCGCAGGAAAGAGGCCGAGCUUAAAGAUGCUCUGUAUCAAAGUUUAACGCAGGAGAUGGAGAAUUUGAAAAACUCCAUUGUGACCGUGUCUGCCCGAUGCGAAACUCAGGUGGUAAAUGGACAGGUUCCUCCUCCAGACUUGGCAAUGGUACAAGAUCAACUAAGAGAUGCUUUGGAGAAGAACCAGCAGUGGCUAGUGUACAACGAGCAGAGGGAGGCUUAUGUCCGGUCCAUCGUUGUCCACACCCGGGAGCUGGAGCAGCAAGUGGCCCAGACCAAGGAAAACAAAGCAGAGGCCACUGCAGGAAAGUGUGCUGAGCUGAAUAGCCAGUACGAGCAGAGGCUAUCAGACAUGCAGAAAGACCUGGAGAGCCACAAAAAUCAAGUGAUCAGAGCCCAACAGGAAGUGUCCAAACAGAAGGAACAGACACUGAAGGCUCAGAGCGAGCUGCAGUCUCAGAAAGCCAAGGUCAACAAAACCCAGGAGGAGUUGCUGUCGCUGCAGAGGAGGCACGAGGACAAGUGCAGCGAGCUGUCAUCCUUCCUGAGGAAGUACACGGAGGCGAAAAAAGAACUGGAGGAAGCCAAGAUCCAGCUGCAGGCUGAGCGACUUGGCACCAGACAUGCGGUGUGUGAGGAAAGGAUGAUGUCAUCUGAAAAGGCAGACAGGAUGAGGAUGGAACUGGACAGCGUGGAAGCCAGACUGGAGGAGGAGAAGAAAAGAUCUUCAGACCUCCUGCUGCAGGUGAACUUGCUUCAGAAGUCUCUUCUAAGCCAACAUGAAGAACACGGGAGAAUCACCGCGCUGGAGCAGCAGAUCCAGCUCUCAGCCAAGGAAUUCGAAAGUGAAAAGAUCGAUCGCAUGCAGCAUCAGCUGCACAAAGUGCUGAAGGAGCUCCGCAAGGCUCGAGACCAGAUCGAAAAGCUGGAGUCUGCGAAGCAGACCAACGCCCGCUUUUCAGAGCCGAGCAACUACAACGGGUUCGAGUUAGAGCGCCUGAAUCUUAAUAAUCCCACGUCUCCACCCAAAUCCACUAACCUCCUGGAUGAGAGCUUCCUGGAGUGUCCCAAGUGUCACACUUCCUAUCCCACCAGCCGUCACAGGGAGCUGCUGGCACACCUCGACUUCUGCAUGGCGUGAGUUCUGACACUGCAGAUCCGGUCAGUUUGCUGGCCUCUCUAUUUGGAAUUGUGAUCUGGGUUUUAGAGUUUAUAAAGUACGUGUUCUUUUUAAUAAUAGAUUGAAAACUUCUAAAGUCACACACACUGGACUCAAAUCAAAAAUCAGUAACGUUUCCUUCCGAUUUGCUGGUUCUUCAUUAGGUGUUACGAAAAUCAUUGUGCAACAUGGCAUUUGCAAUUGUCUUUUUAAAUCGUUUUUUAAAUCAUGAUUUCCUUCAGGGAUUGCAUUCACUUAAAUCAUGUGUCUUUGACACAUUGGACUUAGUAAAUAACUGUUUUUGUUGUCAUCAAGCCAAAGAUCAAAAUAGUCAUUAGUUGAUUAUUUUCUAAUAUAUUUUUUCUCCAUUUGUUUUUUUUUUUUCUUUAUUCUCAAGCUCUUAUAUACUGAUUUGUAUUUCCUUGUUUGAAAUUAUUUAUUCUUAAGUUGUUUUUUUAAGCCUUUUUAAGGGAAUGUUUUUUUUUUUUAAUUAUUUCGUAAGGUAAAUGUUUGAAAGGCUUUUUAAUCUUCAUGCUAUCUAAUCAUGGUAUCUGACAGUUUUUAUUUGUGCUCCUGUGAUGGUCUUCAAUCAUGUUUUUCUCACUCUGAUCAUGGUCUUCUGCGUAGUUUGAUGUAGUUUUUCCGACUGGUUUAAUUAACUUCUCUGACAACAUCAACCCUGGCUAAGUACAGCUGUGUGACUCUAUCCAGUGGAAAAAUCAUUAGAAGAGAAAACUGAUGUUGAUUUUUUUUUUUUAGCUGAUAAAGGGAAAUUUCUAGGUUUAUGGAGUGCAUGUUUUUUUUUUUUUAUUCCAGCUUCCAGAGUUUACAUAAAAAUAUAAUUUCUUUACAAGCUUAAAUAAUAGAAAGUGUAAGCUCUCACUCCUUCAGCUAAUAAGUAAAGGAAAGUUCAUGUGGGGUAUACGUUUGGGUUUGUUUUGUAUUUAUUCCAUAUUAGACAAGUCAUUACAGCUGUGUUUUACAUAUGAAUUCUUGCUCUUGUCUCAUUCUUGGCAAAGAAAAUAAGUUUGUUUUUGUUUCUUUCUUUUUUUCUUCUGUUUUUAAAGAAGCUCAUCGUCUUUGCCCUUGACUUUUAAAGCCUGUCUCCUUGUAGGGCUGGAUUUAGAUCGCAUGAGGCAAUUCCUCGAACUGAGGUAUUUAAGGUAGUAGAUUAGCGAAGGUGUUCUUGCUAAGGAAAGAGGUUAAGAGGUGGCCUUUAUUCAUGCUGCCUCAGCACUGACAACCAAGACAGACCUACUUUGUUUUGUUUGAAUGUUUUACCAUACUUAGUGUCUCGUGUGCUGUAAGUGUUUCUGAACUGUACUGUAUUAAAUGUGCAAUAAAUGUGAAACUCUCCAUCUGCAGCACGCCGUAAUCUAUAGUCAACGUAGUUAAGAAAACGUGCUCACCACAGCAAUAGCUUAAUCUCUUUUUUGGCAUUUUCAAUGUUAAUAAUUCCAUCAUUUGAAUUAGGGUGUGAAACAUUUACCUGCUAUUCUCUGUUGCAUGCAUAAUUCGAGCAAUUGCUACUGAUUAUAAGUAGAAGAUUUUUUUUUUUUUUACUACGUGAUUUGCGGUUGAAUGAUGCUUCAUCCGAACAUUACAUUUCUGUUGCAAAGUUGUCAGGGUAAUUGCGUCUGAGUUUAUCUGUGAUUAGCCAAAAGACCUUUGGAACGCUGUGAUUAGAAGAGUUCACAUUUGAGUUCGCUGGAGAUAAUUCAAAUGUCAGAUUCAGUGUCGGCGUCGAUCCAGACAGUUAGCAACAAACGCUAAUGUGAUGGUACCAUAGUGCAACAUGUUAUGCUAAAAAAUUGGAUUUUUAAAGACCUUUAUUAAGGUUUCAGAAUUAUAAUUUGUUUCUUUAGCGUGUAAGUUUUCAUACCGUAUACAACUUUGCCCCUGAUUGUUAAUUGUUAGCAGUAGCG